AUGUUGCGCACGGUUACCGUCCUCGCGGCAAGUCUGGCUCUGCUCGACGCGUUCACCGCUGCGACAUGCUCCAACAAGAACUUUGGCCGCUGUGGCACCGCCUCGAAACCCGAGUGCUGUGCGAGCGGGGGCUACUGCAUGCCAUUGACACCCAAUAACUACCAGUGUCUUCCUGUGCCACCGCAGUGUGCUCGGCAGUUCACGGGCUACGACUUCUACGGCGGCGACAUCAAGACGGUGUAUGGGCUCCAGGCCGGAAGCUGCUGCGCGACGUGCUUGGCCACUAAGGGAUGUUUGGCGUACACAUUCAUCAACGAGUAUUCGGGCACGACGGCGUGUUUUCUCAAGGCAGGUAUGGGCCACCCGAGGAAAGUGGUCGGGUCGAUUUCUGCUGUCAUUGACAGCUACAACAGUGGCCAGGACCAUACGCCGAAGCGUCGACUACAAGGAACGGACCGCGUAGAAGCUCAAGCGCUUCUCGCUACGCUCGACAUGCCCUAA